GCCAGUGCAUUCUGGGAUAUGUUAUGCACAAUAAUGGCGGUCAAUCAGCAGACUUGCAAUUCUCUUACACUAACGUCUCUACUUUUAGCAUUUCUUCUCCAAACGUGUCGGACUUUUGCCGAAGAAUUGAAUUGGGAUGAGAAUGGCUACGUGUUGUACUGCCCGUGCAUGGGUCGCUUUGGAAACCAGGCAGAUCACUUCCUGGGAUCUCUGGCCUUUGCCAAGAUGUUGAACCGAACCCUGGCAGUACCUCCCUGGAUAGUGUACCGCCACCACACACCCCCGUACACCAAUGUCCAUGUUCCCUACAGUGAGUUCUUCCAGCUGGAGGCCCUGUCGGCCUACCACCGUGUGCUCAGUCUGGAGGCCUUCAUGGAGAAGCUGGCCCCCAAACACUGGCCCUCCGGACAGAGAAAAGCCUACUGCUUUGAGACUGCUGCCCAGAGGAGUGCAGACAAGAAAUCCUGCCCCAUGAAGGAUGGGAACCCGUUUGGUCCAUUCUGGGACCACCUGGGUGUGGAGUUUGACCAGUCUGUGUUGUUCGGUGGUAUUUCCUUCAGUGCCCACCACCAUCUUCAGUGGAUUAAGAAGUUCCCCCCCUCGGAGCACCCGGUCCUGGCCCUGCCGGGGGCUCCUGCUCAGUUCCCGGUGACGGAGGAGCAUGUGAGCCUGCAGCGCUACGUGGUGUGGUCAGACAGCAUGGUGGGGGAGGGGGAGAAGCUCAUCGCUGCCCUGCUGACCCGGCCCUACGUCAGCCUUCACCUGAGGAUCGGCAGCGACUGGCAAAACGCCUGCAAGAUGCUGAAGAACGGUGAAGCAGGGCCUCACUUCAUGGCCUCUCCUCAGUGUGUGGGCUACAGCCGCAAGACAGCGCUGCCUCUCUCCAUGGACAUGUGUCUGCCCGACCUGACGGAGAUCCUCAGGGCCGUCAGGCUGUGGGUGAAGAACACCUCCGCCCGCUCCGUCUACAUCGCCACCGACUCAGAGUCCCACAGCAGGGACAUCCAAAAGCUCUUCAACGGCAAGGUGAAAGUGGUGAGUCUACAGCCCGACUCGGCCCAAAUGGACCUGUACAUCUUAGGCCGAGCCGAGCACUUCAUCGGCAACUGUGUCUCCUCUUUCUCCGCCUUCGUGAAGAGAGAGCGGGACGUCCACGGCCUCCCAUCAUCCUUUUUUGGCAUGGACAAGCCUGGAAAAUUAAAUCAAAAAGAAGAACUCUGAGAACAAAGGUUACAUGGUCAUCCUGGAGGACUGUAAUGAGGAGGUGAGGGAACAAGUGGAAGGCAAAGAAUAUUUAAAUGUGACAUGAGGGUUCAGGAAGGCUGGUCCUGUUUUAGAAUGGGUUUUAAUGUGAGAAGGAGGAAGGGCUUAUAAAGUAUGAUGCAGCAUGUCAGUACUGUCUGUGAAAAGUGCUAUGAUAUGGACACAGCUGCCACCAAGGAAAACUAUUUUUGUCUGUUACCUGCUUGAAAAUCCAAUAUUUGCACCCUCCCAAGAUUUUCCAUCCAUAAGCCUGUCAAAGCUAGUUUUCCUUACGAUCAGGAAAAGCAACAGAUCCUCUAGCAUUUCCUUUAGCUUCUGCCAUAGUCUGUGCUGCCACCAUGCUUUGCAAUCCAGACAUGUUCGCAGGACCUCUGGUGACCUCAGUGAACCCUGAAAAAGACGGCAGUGCCAGUGAUCAUGUUCCCUCCCUCUCUUUUUCCCUCUUCUCUUUCCACCCCUCCAUGUCUUUUCCUGCUUGCUCUUUCCUUUCCUCUCUGCCCUCCAUUCCAAGGAAGGAAAAAGGAGACCGUUAACUGAACAGUAUUGAUAUUCAUUGAAUGUGAAUAAAUGUAUUAGGAUGACAAAAAAGUAGAUUUGCAGAGGUUAAAUUGAUUAAAUGCGGUUGUGGAAUGUGUGUCAAGCUAAUUGUGUUCCUCUGUGAAUGCAAUGAUUUUUAAGUCGAAUGUUUUGUAUAAUGUUUUCCAACAUUAAAGUGAUGCACACUAUUUUGUUUUAAGUACAAA